AUGGCAGCGGCGGCGGCGGCGGCGGCGGCGCCGGCGGCGGCGGCUGGGGGCUCGGGGCCGGCGGGCGGCGUGGCGGCCGCGGGGCCUGGCGUGGCCGUGUCCGUGUUCCCCGGCGCUCGGCUCCUCACCAUCGGGGACGCGAACGGCGAGAUCCAGAGACACGCGGAGCAGCAGGCUCUGCGCCUCGAGGUCCGCACCGGGCAGGACGCCGCCUGCAUCGCCCUCUACAGCCAUGAAGAUGUUUGUGUGUUUAAGUGCUCUGUGUCCAGAGAAACAGAAUGCAGCCGAGUGGGAAAGCAAUCCUUCAUCAUCACCCUGGGGUGUAACAGCGUCCUCAUACAGUUUGCAACGCCAAAUGAUUUCUGUUCAUUCUAUAAUAUUCUGAAAACCUGUCGAGGUCACAACUUAGAGCGCUCCGUCUUCAGUGAGCGGACAGAAGAAUCCUCCGCUGUGCAGUACUUCCAGUUCUAUGGCUACCUGUCACAGCAGCAGAACAUGAUGCAAGAUUAUGUACGGACAGGCACAUACCAGAGGGCAAUCCUGCAGAACCACAGUGAUUUCAAGGACAAGAUUGUCCUAGAUGUGGGCUGUGGCUCUGGGAUCCUAUCUUUUUUUGCUGCUCAGGCAGGAGCAAGGAAAGUCUACGCAGUGGAAGCAAGCACCAUGGCUCAGCAUGCUGAGGUUUUAGUAAAGAGUAACAACCUCACAGACCGAAUUGUGGUGAUUCCUGGGAAGGUGGAGGAAAUCUCACUUCCCGAGCAGGUGGACAUAAUUAUUUCAGAGCCAAUGGGCUACAUGCUUUUCAAUGAACGUAUGUUGGAGAGCUACCUCCAUGCCAAGAAGUACUUAAAGCCGAGUGGAAAUAUGUUUCCAACCAUUGGGGACGUUCAUCUUGCACCAUUCACAGAUGAGCAGCUCUACAUGGAACAGUUUACCAAGGCCAAUUUCUGGUAUCAGCCAUCUUUUCAUGGAGUUGACUUGUCAGCACUUAGAGGAGCAGCAGUAGAUGAGUAUUUCAGACAGCCCGUUGUGGACACAUUUGAUAUCAGGAUUUUAAUGGCUAAGUCAGUAAAAUAUACGGUGAAUUUCUUAGAAGCCAAAGAAGGCGAUUUGCACAGGAUAGAAAUCCCAUUCAAGUUCCACAUGCUGCACUCAGGGCUUGUCCACGGAUUGGCUUUCUGGUUUGAUGUAGCCUUCAUUGGUUCAAUAAUGACAGUGUGGCUGUCCACAGCACCCACGGAGCCUCUGACUCACUGGUACCAAGUUCGGUGUUUGUUUCAGUCGCCGCUCUUUGCAAAGGCCGGGGACACGCUCUCAGGGACAUGUCUGCUCAUCGCAAAUAAGAGGCAGAGCUAUGACAUCAGUAUUGUUGCCCAGGUGGAUCAGACGGGUUCCAAAUCCAGUAACCUCCUGGACCUGAAAAACCCUUUCUUUAGAUAUACAGGUACGACACCAUCUCCUCCACCUGGCUCUCACUACACGUCUCCGUCUGAAAACAUGUGGAACACAGGUGGCGCCUACAAUCUGAGCAGCGGGAUGGCUGUGGCUGGGAUGCCAACAGCCUACGACCUGAGCAGUGUUAUCACUGGUGGAGCCAGUGUCAGCCACAACAACCUUAUCCCUUUAGCCAACACUGGGAUUGUCAAUCACACUCACUCCCGGAUGGGCUCCAUUAUGAGCACAGGGAUUGUCCAAGGCUCCUCCAGUGGCCAGAGCGGAAGUGGCUCCAGCACUCACUACCCCGUCAACAGCCAGUUCACCAUGGGGGGCCCUGCCAUCUCCAUGGCCUCCCCUAUGUCCAUCACCACCAACACAAUGCAUUACGGGAGCUAAAAGUCCACCUCUGAUCUGAACUGACCGCACCAGGAAACCAAAUGAAGAUUUCCCCUUCCUCCCACCUUGGUGGACUGUGCCCUCUCCCUAACCCCUGCCCUAACCAGGCAGUUUUUACCCUUGUACCAUAGAAACAAACACCCAGUCAGCUCCUUUGA